AAAAUACCGCCUACCGAGAACCAUAUUUAAAACUAUGCUAGUCGGCAUGUUCUUGUGUCAGUAAUAGCCAAUAUGUCGCCGAUGAAAGCACCUGUAGUGAGUCUAGCCGCUCUAAUUAUUCUACUCAUCUCCCAGGCGCUGGCUGAAGAUGAUCAGAAGAUUAAAGGUGAAUUGUGUAUUCCAUUACGAAAGUACGAUUUUAAGCUGGCCGUAUGUUUUGAUUCCGAUACAACAAGUUUUACAAAGACGAUUGAAUCAGCUAUUAACAAUGGACCGGAAAUUGAAGGAAUCCCCGGGUAUCUCAAACUCAUCAAAAACGACAAUAUAAUGCCUGCUGAUAAAAGGCGGUUUGAUUCCAUUGCAUAUGGGUCUUCAUUUGAUCGCCUUAAAAAUAAAAAAUCUGUAGAUUCCUCUGGUUCCGAGAGAUAUUCAUUCAGCGGUGUCCAGAAGAGGUUUCCCUUUGAUUCAAUAGCUUAUAGACCGGGGGGUUUUGUAAAAUUUACCUCCAAAAGAAUUCCAUAUUUGUAUGGUAACUUUAAGUACGGCACCCAUGGAUUAUUUGCCAAGAAGAAGACGUUUGAUUCCAUUGCACACGACUUCGGAUCAUUUGGAGGUUUCUCGAAAAGAACCCCGGACUCUACAUACAAUCAACUUGACGACUUUGGAGGGUUGGCCAAAAAGUCUUUUGAUUCUAUUGCUAACAGCGCGGGAACCUUUAGAAGGUUUUCUAAACGAUCCGUACAUUCGAAAAGACUCGGAGAGAGCAAAUUAAUUUCUAGACGGAAACGGUCAUUUGACUCCAAUUCGCAUCAGUCAGGACGGUUUGGGUUGUUUUCGAAACGUCGAUCGUUUGAUUCCAUAGCCAAUCUCUCGGGUUAUUUCGGAGGAUUUUCAAAAAGAUAUGGGUUAGAUUCAAUAGCCCAUGGACCUGGAAGUUUUGGAGGAUUUUCAAAGAAAUACGGGUUAGAUUCAAUAGCCCAUGGACCUGGUAGUUUUGGAGGAUUUUCAAAAAGAUACGGGUUAGAUUCAAUAGCACAUGGACCGGGAAGUUUCGGAGGAUUUUCAAAAAAAUACGUUAUGGACUCAAUUGCUCAUGGACCGGGGAGUUUCGGAGGAUUUUCUAAGAGAUACGGGUUAGACUCAAUAGCACAUGGACCAGGGAGUUUCGGAGGAUUUUCAAAAAAAUAUAUAAUGGACUCGAUUGCUCAUGGACCUGGUAGUUUCGGGGGGUUUUCAAAGAGGCGUAGUUUGGACUCCAUAGCUCACGGGCCCGGUAGUUUCGGAGGAUUUUCAAAGAAGCACAGUUUGGACUCCAUAGCUCACGGGCCCGGUAGUUUCGGAGGAUUUUCAAAGAAGCACAGUUUGGACUCCAUAGCUCACGGGCCCGGUAGUUUCGGAGGAUUUUCAAAGAAGCGCGCUUUAGACUCUAUAGCUCAUGGACCUGGUGGUUUUGGGGGAUUUUCAAAGAAGCGCGGUUUAGACUCAAUAUCUCAUGGAUCCGGAGGUUUUGGGGGAUUUUCAAAACGAUUUGAUUCUAUCGGUAACAAGUCUGGGAUGUUUUCCCGAUUUUCAAAGAAAUCAGCAGAUGAUAAAGAACAUGUGAAAAAUUCUGCAGACUAAUUGAAAAAUUUUCCCGAUUUUCAAAGAAAUCAGCAGAUGAUAAAGAACAUGUGAAAAAUUCUGCAGACUAAUUGAAAAAU